AUGGCUGUUCUUGAUGACUUUCCUGAUAUCGCCAUCCAGAUCCCCCAAGACGAGCAUUUCAACCUUGAGCGGAGAUACAGAACCCACCGAUCAACUGUUGCGGAGAAGUGGCGAUCAUUUACAAAGAACCAACGCGCCCAUCUCUGCAGGCGGUUGUUUUCCAAGUACAACUUGCGGGAACCUGUCGACGCUAAGCUCGUCAUCCAUGCUUCCCAGCUCAUGUCGGCUGACGCGGAGAACGUGCCAACCUUCUCAGCUCUUGCCCCGGAGCUGCAUCCCCUGCGCAUCUGCGCAGAUGUUGAUUACCUUCUCAACCUUCUCGAAGAGCGUGCCACUAAGUCUCUCUUUGAACUGUACAAGGCAACGGAUUACUCGAAGGUUAUGGAGGUGCUUGUGCUCCCAGAGGGGAUCUCGACGGUGAACUGCCCUGGGAUGAUUUACACAACUUUCACAGAAGGAACUCCUUAUGUGGUCCAGGAAGAGUGGAAGGGGGAUGGCGAUCAGCCCAUAUCAGACGAGCCCCUUGGUGACGGCCCCCCUAGCUGUGUUCCGGGCAUUGUUGGGAUGUUUGUUCUGGAGAGACAGGCGCAUCUGGCUGAGGAACUUGGCCUGCUGAUUGCCUUGAUUCUGAAGGAGGACAACCCAGUAUGGCCCAGCCUCGACACCGACAUUGAACAGCUUGGCAGUCAAAGCAAAACCAAGUUUCAUGAUGUCGCUCGAGACCGCGACUCAGCAGUCGUUGGCAUUGCUGAGCUGCCAGCCAUCAUCGAUGCAUUCGCGGUCAUGCUCAAAUGCGCAUCCUCACAGGUCGUGGCGAAUCCGGCAACACUGUUCGAGGCGAUCAGAGCCUUCCGGCUCUCCAGCGCAGGACGCGUCCCCGACAAGCAUGGCGAGAGCAUGCUCUUGAUCUCCGACAAGCACAACAGUGUCGCCCUUGUCGAGCUUUUCCAAUCUGACAUGACAAAGAUCACAGUCUGGAACUAUCUCACCUGUGUGCUUGAGAGGUACGCGUCGCACCUAGACGACCCGGCCUACUGCGAGAUUCUCCUCCAAGAGAUCUCCAACAUUUGCGCACUCGUCUUUGAGUGCUACCAAGCCAACUUUCAGCGCAUGUUCCAAACGCUUACUGGGGCCGGGCUCUUCAGACGCUUGACGACCAAGACCACCAAGUCUGGAGAGCCCUGCAUUGUCACGGAGACGGAGCCAGACAAGCUACCGGAACCUCUUCAGUUCAAGCACCACCUGCUUCGCAUGUGCUCUCCUGGGAUCACCAUCACGAAAGCACUGCAGUAUCACGAUAAGACAUCAGACUGGAGUCUGAAGCCUGACAGUGAUCUGGACUGGACCACAUACGAGAUGGACUCGUACUUCUCUAUGAUCAGCGCCGUCAUCAUGCUGGAUGGAAUCUCCGAGGCGAUUCCUCAGCUUCCCAACCCCUCGACAAGAAAAGGACGGCAUUUCUCCCGCCGCCUGGAGCAGCUGGACAAGGAGAUGAACUUGCUGAAGACGGAGAUCGAUCUUGUUGACUUUCUGUCUCCCCUCGAAUGCAUCACCGAGCCUGGCGUGGCUGUCGCAGCGACAGACGCACUCGACUCGUUCAUGCUGGAGAAGGCUGGCGCAAAGUUCAGCCAUCUUUACCAGGACUUGAUCGAGGAGUCCUUGGCAGACCUUGAUCGCCGGUGUAGAGAGGCAAAGGCACAGCAAGAGAAGGAGCAGGACCAGUCUCUUUGGUUGUCAGCUUUCCAGGGAGGGGACGAAGAGGCCCGUCAGGAACUUGUGGAGCAGCGCAGACUUAAGGAGAAGACGCGUCCUGCUCAUUCAUCAAUCUACGACUUGGCCAGAACACCCGAGGAUGCUCCGCCUAUUGCCGAUGAUGCGGCCUCGGCAGAGGUACCACACUUUACAGUGACGGCUUCGACAAAGGAGGUGUUUGCAACUCUGCUUGACAAGUCGUCUGCUGCCAAGGGAAGCAUUACCUGGGCUGACUUCAUAGCGUCCAUGGCAGAGCUCCGAUUCUCGAUCAUUCCCAAAAUGGGCUCCGUCUAUGCAUUCCUGCCUCCUAAGGCCAUGAAUGCACAGCGGUCUUUGACCAUUCAUCGUCCCCACCAGUCGAAAAUCGAGGGCACCCUGCUCUCAUACUAUGCAAGCCGGCUGAGGCAUGUCUUUGGCUGGGACGAAAACACAUUCGAGACUUCUUGA